UUGUAUGUCUUAUGUUUUAUCAGUCCUGGUGUGUGAAUUUUGUCCAUGUGGUCUACUGAGAGCAAUGCUGAUUGUAGAGUCUGACAGCAGCACUGCCACAUGCCACUUCAUGUCAUACAAUAUAUGUAGUAGGGGGUCCCCGCUCCAUCUCUCUUUCAGUUAAGGGGUCUUUGGCUUAAAAAACGUUGAAGACCCCUGAUCUAGAUGGUUGGAUGGUAAAAUGACUAGAUGAAAGCUAAAUAAGAUUGAAAACAUCUUGGGUAGAAAACACUGAUAAAGUUACAGCAUGAAGAGCAGCUGAGAGGAUGAAAGCUCCACCCCGUUACUAUGAGACUGCUAAGUGGCUUUAGCUUUCUCCAUCCCUAUAUUAUCUGAAUGAGUCAACAACAAGGACAUCAGAUAAGGCCAGCAAGUGAGACGAGUUGUACAAAACACCCAUUGAUUUAUAGAAGCGUUAAGCCCAAUGGAUAUGCAACACAGAGGUUUUCUGUUCUGGACAUCAGGUAAGAAAACCUACCUUUGGUCAAUCAAUAAUCAGUCAAUAUGUGUGUCUGCACAAAGGUUCCAACAGAACCAAGUGAUUUUAUGUUUUUGUUUCAAGUGUUUGAGUAUUUGGAAGUAUUAAGGGGGGGUGGCAGUUUCAUUUAUUAUUAAAAUCUUAAUAUUAUCCAUUUUAUACUGAUGCCCCACCCGAAAGUGUAGGAAAAUCUAUAUUCAAAUUCACGGUUUCAUCCAAACUGCAACUGAAGUCGACUGUAAUUUUCUUUUAGAGUUCUAUGUCAAAUGUAUAUUUUCUAAUGUUUCUCACAUCAAGGAAAUUAUUUCCAACUUCCAACUUCUUCAUUUGCAUUUGUUUUCAUUCACAAUAUAACAGUCAGUACUGUAUGCUCAUAUUUGAAUAUUGGCUUCUCAUUUUCCCUGAACUGGUUUACCUGGACUAAAAAUAACUUGGAGCCACACUACAAAAGUUACGUCAAUGUCAUUUUGAUUGAGACCGAGUCAGCCAGAGCAGCUAUAAGACCAUAGUUCAUAAUUCAAAGUGCCUGCCUCAUUGACACUUCAUGUGAAGACCCAUGUUUGCUCAUAGGAGUUAAUUAUUAAGAAAAGAAUUAUAAAUAAAAUAGUCCGUCUACUCGUACACUAGACUGCAUAUGUGUGCAGUUACACGCUUGCAUUUUGAAGGGGAUCCAGUCUGAUUGUUGAUAUUAAUUUAUGGUCUUUUUUAUUAACAGGAAGCUGCUGGAGAAAGUAGUCAACAACACAGCUCAGUCAGAGCAUCUCUGCCACCAUAACGUCAUCAAUGCUCAUGUCAAACCUCACACAGGAUUGGGUGGAGAGUAUGCAGAGGUGGCACCUAGACUUUUUUUUCAUCCCCACCACAGUCAUUACUCUGGCAACCUUGCUAGCUAACCCCGUUCUCCUGAUAUGCAUUUUCCUGUCCCGUGCCUUGCGUCAGGAGACACGUUACCUGCUAGUGGCCAACACCCUGACAGCAGACAUGCUCUUCCUGGUCCUCAACCUGGCCACAGCGAUCUGUAACGCUGCGAGAGCUCAAGUACCCUGGCUUGUUUGUGAGCUGGUCACAGUCGUCACUGUCACCGCCUACAGCUGUGCCAUCCUCACCGUCACCCUCAUGGUGGUUGACACCUACGCUGCGGUUCGCUGGCCUCUCCAUUACCGUGACAUUCUUCCACCUGCCCGCAUCCACCGCAUACUGGUGGGGGUGUGGGUACUCGCAGCCAUUUACCCUUUCACCCUUGUGAUCAUAAUGGAGAUGGAUCGAGGUAAUCCCCAUGAAAAGGUGGCUGUGUGUCUGGUCCUCCUCUCCCUGGGCUUCAUUCAGGUCAAUAACGUGAUGGGGAUCUACAUCUACUUCUUUGUAGCUGCACUCAUCUGUGCUAUACUCAUUUUUUUCUGCUACAUUCGGCUCUACAUGGUAACAAGGACCCAGGGCAUCUGGCAGAGCCGCUUCUCCAGGGCCCGGGUCACACUGCUGGCUCAUGCGGUUCUUCUCCUGCUCUACUUUACCCCUGGCUUUGUUUUCAGCCUGGAGCUCUUCAUGUUUCAGAGGAACGAAAUAAGUCAGGAUGUUCGUGUGUGGGUCAGCACAGUCAAUAUGAGUGUUUUCACGUUGCUGCCCAGGGCGUUUGCUCCAUACUUGUAUGGACUGAGGUACAGGGAGCUCUCUGAUACUCUAAAGCAGUUUCUGCACCAGCACAGGAGCCAGAUUACCGUUUCAUGAAGACACUUACGAACUGGCAAUUUUUUUAAAUUUCUCCAAUCGAAUUACUUGUGAAAUACAUAUUUUCUGUUUUCUCAGUUGCCCUCCGACAAACAAAGACUUAA